AUGGCUUCUACAGGCACUCGCGUAUUCGCAUUGCUCAUAGCGAUCGACACUUACAAAUCCCCCGAACUUCGGAACCUCCGCGAAUGCGUCAACGACGCUAUCCUCUUCAGAAACUACCUCAUCGAAACAUUUGGACCACACAACGACAAAAACAUUCGUCUCCUGCGGAAUGCAGAAGCGACCCGCGAGGCUAUCCUCUCCACUUUCUUCAGCCACCUCAUCGAUAAUCGCAACAUCCAACCUGAGGAUCCAGUGAUCUUCUACUUUGCCGGACAUGGGAUCCGAACUAUGAAACCAGACGGGUGGCCUGUAGACUCGAAGGAUAUGAAGAUCGAGGCCAUUUGUCCGCACGACGAGCGCUGUGUGGACCCGAGGUCCAACCAGGCUGUCUGGUGCAUUCCGGAUAUCACGAUCGCAAAGCUUCUGAGGCAGCUGGAGAUUCGGAAGAGGACCAACGUCACCGUCAUCCUCGACUCUUGCCAUUCCGGUGGCGGUAUCAGGAAGAAAGACGAGAACGAAGAAGACUACCUCCCCUAUCGCUGCCGAAACGUCCUACCAGUUGAUGAAACCCCCUUCCCGCCCCACAUCGACCGAAAAAUCUGGGAUCUCCCAGACACCAUCGGCCACAUCUCGAAACAGUCGAACGAUAUCGAAGGCCUCCGCAAGAAAUACGGCACCGAAACCCUUCUGGCAGCCUGCGAUCCCAAGGAGAAAGCCAAAGACGGGUACUUCACGCGCGUCCUCGUCGAAAAGCUACGCUCUCGCCGUGGCGUAUAUACAACCCUAUCCGACCUCGAUGCACUCGUACCCUCGAGGUCUGACCAGCACCCAGUAUGCCAAGGCAAUCCCAACAAGGUCCUAUUUUCAACCACGAUCAUCGACUCGGAGAAACGCAAGUUCUUAUUGAAGCAGUUGGACAAUGGGAAAUUCGAGGUUAACGCCGGUGGCAUCCACGGUAUCGCGCGUGGAACGUUAUUCCAACUCCCCAAUCGUGGAGGAGUGCUUAUGGCCGAGUCGACACAAGUGUUCAGCUCCAUCCUCGUCAAGACACCCCAAACAUCACCCAACGCCGUUCUCACCACCGGCGUUCCCGUAUACGCCAUCCCUUCUCUCAAGGAGUCCAUCAUGGCCGUCUGGCUCGACGCAAACCUCAAGAACCGACUCGGCGCCCGCCUCCCUAUUCCAACCAACGAAUCCUGGUUCACUUUCCUGCCAGACAGCGCCAUAUCCAAAGCCCACAUCCACCUCACCUGGCGCGAAGCCGUCCGGUCCCAACCCGAAAAAGUCAUCGUCAACCUCCUCGACCCGCUCUUCGCCAACACCAACGCCAAAUCCACCGCCUUCGCGUACAGAGACGUGUGCUCGAGGUUCGAGCAAUUCCUCGAGACGAUCGCGUUGUUCCGGUAUCACCUGGGCAGGAACAAGGGCUGCUCGAAGCUAUUUACAGAGUGCGCUUCGCCUGUGGAUCAGAAGGAUCCAUUGUGUCGCUCGGUGGAUGUCGCGAUGUAUCGGGUUGAAGAGAAGGAUGCCGGGUAUGUUCCUGUGGAACCGGCCGUGAACCUCUUCAAGAAGGGUGUGGCAACCCUCAAGUCGUCGUCUAACACCCAGUACGGAUUCCGCAUCCUCAACAAGAGCAAAACCAGCGAUUUGUAUUUCUACGUCUUUUAUUUCGAUCCUGCGAGUUUUAGUAUUGAUCUUAUGAGCGUCCCACAAGCAGCCAAAAAGAGCCCGGGGGAAUCUAUCACUCCGGGAUACGCCUCCGAACCAGAUCCAUUCGAUUUCGCCCUCGACGAACCCGACCGCGCACAAAGCGGUUUCAUCAAAGUUUUCGCAUCGACGCGGCCUGUGGAGAGGAUGGAAUCGCUGGAGCAGAAGGAAGCUGGGAGGGCGCAGUCGACGCGGAAGAUUGGCCCGAGAGAAGGCGGUGGAAAGGAGGAUUGGGGAGCGUGGGUUGGUGUUAUUGAUGUUUUACCUGCAAGGGGGGUGGGGCGUGGUGUAGGUGGGGAAGAUGUUGGAACUGGAGAGGAAGUGGAAGAAGCAGAGGAAGCGGACGAAGCGGACGAAGAUGAGAUGGUGGGAGACGAGGGAGAAGGAGAGGAUAUACCCGACUUGAAGGAGAACUCGGUGGACACCAUUGGUGAUGAGGAGAAGCUCCCACAACCAGUUAAUUGA